GCUUUUGAGAAGGGGCGGAGCUCGCGGCCACGGCGGGCGGGGAGCGGUGCGGAGGGUAGUGGCAGUCGUUGAGGUUCAUUUCCAGCGCGGGGCCCCCAUGGCCCAGGCGUCUCGUCCUGGUGGUCUUCUGCCUCCACUCGCUAACGUGCCCUCCCUGUCGGCCCGACCGGGGGACGCCGGGGAGCAGCAGUGGGAGGGCAGGAGGGCGGGCGCCCUCCGCCGGGAGCGUCUGAGGGCGGUGUUGCUGCGGCUGCACCGCGAGCGGGAGCAGCUCCUCCAGGCCCGGGACUGCGCCCGCCACCUCCAGGGGGUCGUGAGUCUCCUGAGGGCCUUGUCCCCCCGCGCGCCUGCCCGCGGGCCCGGGCCUUUGCCUCAGCUGUGCCGCGACUUGCAGCUGCACCCUUUCCGAGGUACGAUCCCCGGAGCUGGCCUUCGGGACCCUGUUGAGCCGCGACUCCUGGCGCGCCCCCUGGGACUCGCCGUCCAGCGCCUGGAUGCGGUCAUCGAAAUGCAGCUUCGUGCUCUCGGUCGGGCACCCGCCUGCCUAGGACGGACGUCCCAACUCGCCGAAUUGGAGCUGGCGCUUCCCGUCUACUACAGGCUACUGGAAAACGUCCUGAGCCACCUCCCCGGGGCAGCGCGCCCAUUUCCCCUGACCCGUGUGUUGUGCCUCCUGACCCGGGAGCGGGGUUGCCAGGUGGCUAGUCUGCUGGAGGAGGCACUCAGGGGAUCUGACGGGCAGAACAGGCUCCGCAGGUGGUGCCAGGAGGAGCACGAGCUGCUACCAGGGCUUCUGAGUUUAAUAGGGAAUCUGUCAAGUCUAGAUAGCAGUGGAGCGGGGCUUGGAGAGAAAGGAUUCCUGUGGAGCCAAUACUGGACACUACUGUGGGCAGCAUGUGCUCAGCGUCUGGACCUACAUCUGGGACCCUGGAGGGACCCCAAAGCAGUAGCAGAACAGUUGAGUCAGGCACUGGGUCAGGCAUAUCUGCCUCAGGAAUGUGAAAAGGAGCUGGCCUCAGUGUGUCACAGACUACUUCAUCAGUCUCUGAUCUGGACCUGGGACCAAGGUUUCUGCCAGGCGUUGGGAUCAACCCUUAGGAAUCAGAGCAGUCCUGUCUCAGCAGCUGGUACCCCUGAACUGUUGGAGAAGCUCUUUCCUCCUCUCUUGGAUGUCCUUCAAGAACCUAGGUCGGGAUUGAUCCUUCAACAGUCUCUAGGUCCUGCACCUAUUGCCCUGGGACUCUGUACCCUGCAGACUACCUUGCUCUGGUUUUUGGGCAGAGCUCAGCAGCACCUGACAGCGUGGUGCCCAGGUUCCUUCCUGCUCCUGAUCCAAAAGGACUUACCACCUCUAUUGCAUGAAGUGGAAGCUCUGGCUAACCUGACCUCAGAAGAAAGCUUAGUUCUAGAGCUGGAGCAGCAUCUGGGCCUGGAGAUUCAGAAGCUAACCGCACAGAUGAAGCUCCUGCCUGAAGAGUCAUUAAGUAUCUUUUAUCAAGAAUGUCAUAAACAAGCCACACAGGGCUUCAAGCUCCACAUGCCACGGGGCCGAUACUGGAGAGUUCAUCUCUGUCCUGAACUUCCCAGUGCUCCUAGUGAGUAUGCUGGGGUGGUGGUCCGCUCUGUACUGGAACCUAUAUUGCAAGGAUUGCAGGGAUUGCCACCACAAGCCCAGGCUCCUGUCCUCAGUCAUGCACUGACAGCCAUACUGGGUGCUUGGCUUGACUACAUCCUCACCCAUGGGAUCCGGUUCAGCCUGCAGGGGGCACUGCAGCUCAAACAAGACUUUGGAGUGGUCAAGGAGUUGCUAGAAGAGGAGCAGUGGGGCCUGUCUCUGGAGCUUCGCCAGACUCUGCUCAUGCUUGGCAUCUUCCAGCAGCUAGAUGGGGCGCUGCUGUGUCUUUUGCAGCAGCCCCUGCCCAAGAAUAGAGUCCACAGGAGGCACUCCUGUUGCUGUGUUUGUCAUGAGGUCCAGACGACAGAAUUGCCCCACAGCAGCCUCAACAGUCUGGAGAGCUUGGAGCCCCCUCUUCGGCUUGGAGCACCCACAGCCCAUACAACUCAGCUAUUAAGCAACUUGGGAGGAAGGGGACCUAACCCUGAGGUUUACCUGGUGGGAAAUCAGCAGGCUUGGCUCGCCCUGAGGCACCACCAGCACCCUCGUUGGCACCUACCUUUUCUUUCCUGCCUGGGAACCAGUGUGGAAUCCUAACAAGCCUAGGUCCAAAAGUUCCACAUCCUGGCUGGAAAAGCCCAGAUAUAUGGAACUGAAGGACUCUAGAAUUGGGAGCAUGGAAGAAAGCAUACGUAAACUACACAGAAUCUAGACUUUUAAGAACGUACAAUCCAGAGUAAAAGGCAAAACCAUAACCUGGAACCUGAAAGGUCAGCAUCUUUGGGAGGCUCAAACCUGGUUUCCCCUCAAUGACAGCAUCUCAGAGCAAGAAGUGGGAGGAGGGAUAGAAGGUUGGAUCUUAGGAGACAAAGAAAAAGGGGAAAAUGAAUAAAAACUAGAGAGGCCAAAUAGUGCUUUCUCUUAAGUCCUAAGAGCCAGGCUAAAAAGUGAAUUUGUGGGGAACUACACAGGUGGAAUAAGCAAAUCUACACGUAGAACAGUCUCCAGGCCUGUCUUAUCCUAGUACUGCCCUUCUCAUUAUUUAUUAUUUUUAAUUGAGUAUUAGGAGCUGG